GCGAUGGCGAAGCGCAGAAUGAAUUAUGUGAGAAUCAGUCGGUGUCGCUGCUCCAGCCGCUGACUCUGAGCUUUUAGAACGUUUUAAAACCGUUUUAUCGCCUUCUUGUUCGAUUGGGCUCGUUCAGGGGAGGAUGAGUGCUGAAGCAGCCGACCGGGUGGCUGCUGUGACCAGCAGUCGGCCAGGCACGCCUCUGCAGACGUCCUGGUUUGAGUUCCUCCUGGAUGGCAGCCUGCUGGAGAAACACCUGCAGAAAUCACACCCAGAUCCUGCACCGGUGCAGCUGAUCAUCCAGUUCCUGGAGCAGGCGUCCAAGCCGUCUGUGAACGAGCAGAAUCAGGUUCAGCCUCCAGCAGACAACCGCAGGAACCGAACCUUGAAGCUGCUGGCGCUGAAAGUCGCUGCACACAUGAAGUGGGAUCUGGAUUCACUGGAGAAAGGAUUGACCAUCCCGGUGUUGAACAUGCUGCUGAACGAGCUGCUGUGUGUCAGCAAAGUGCCUCCAGGUGUGAAACAUGUGGAUCUGGAUCUGUCCACUCUGCCUCCCACCACCGCCAUGGCAGUGAUCAUCUACAACCGCUGGGCCAUCAGAACCAUCGUGCUGAGCAGCUUUCCAGAGAAACAAACCAAACCAGGACCUCACCAGAUGAACAUGUUAAGUAUUGUGCAGCAGGAGAAAGAAAUGACUGACAACAUCCUGACUGUGCUGAAAGAGCAGGCGACCGACUCCAUCAGCGUCCUGGAAGGAGCUCUGCAGCUGAAGAAAGACUUCUACGUUCACACUCUGAGGACUCUGGACCUGCUGGCUGCCGACGCUGCCGCCAACGGGGAAACCGAGUCCUCGACCGCCGGGCUUCGCAUCAGCGCCGAUGAGCUGCACUGUCAGGUGCAUUAUGACCUGGGAGGUAUCUUCUUCCAGCAAGGCUGCACGGACCAGCCGACCUACGAGAAAGCCAGAGAUCACUUCAGACAGACGAAGGAGCUGUUAAAGAAGCUGGACUCGACGGUCCACGUUCACCUGGAUGAGAAGCGUCUGGCCGGUUACUGGAACGCCUGCAGAGCUCUGACCGGAGACUGCGACCCCUGUGACCCCCAGACGACUCCCUACGACCAGAUCAACAGCCUGAUCCGAGCUCACAACUACCAGGCCGUCAUCGAAGCCUUCAUCAAAGACAACGUGUCCCGCAGUUUACCAAACCACUUCAGACGCUCGGUCCUCAGGGAGUUCUUGUACAAAGUCCAGCAAGGGGAAUCGGGUCUGGAUGAAGUUUGCCACAAGCUGUGCGUCUGCAACGCCGUCCGAGACGCUGUGGAAGGAGAAAUCCUCAGCGUGCGUUUCCAGCAGCUGCUCCUCAAACCCAGUAAACGAAUGGUGGACUUCAUAUUGGAGGUAAUCGGGACUCUGUGUGAAAACCUGGAGGACUUGUCUCUGGUGUUUGUGGUUUCGUCCCAUAAGCUGUUCAUGGAGCUGCUGAAGGAGGACGAGAGGAAGGUUCUGGUGGAGCAGAUGAGGAAGAGGUCGGCCACCAUCAACCUCAGCGCCAAACCGCUGCCUUCCUUCUACGACAUCCCAGCUUCAGCGAGCGUGAACAUCGGGCAGCUGGAGCAGCAGCUGAUUCUUUCACUGGAGCCGCGGAGGAUCAGGCAGAUCCUCAUCGAACUCCACGGGAUGGCCGAACGCCCCUUCUGGAGGGUCAACAGCAAGUGGGAGGUUCCUCCAGACUACAUCAACGUGAUCCUCGGCAUCAAAGACAACCUGACCAGGGACCUGGUUUACAUCCUCAUGGCCAAAGGGCUCCACUGCAUAUCAAUAAAGGACUUUGUCCACGCUCGGCUGCUGUUCUCCGCCUGCCUGGAGCUGGUCACCGAGUUUUCCCCGAAGCUGAGGCAGGUGAUGCUGAACGAGAUGCUGCUGCUGGAGGUCCGAGCUCACGAGACGAUGGCGGCCGAAGGCAGCAAGGAGCGACCGCCGCCUGACCUGGUCAGCAGGGUCAGGGGCUACCUGGAGAUGAGGAUUCACGAUCUGCCUCUACGUCAGGUGGUUGGAGAAGAGUGCGUCGCCUUCAUGCUGAACUGGAGGGAGAACGACUAUCUGACUCUGCAGGUUCCUCCGUCUCUGGUCAUGAACAACCCGUACAUCAAGCUCGGCCAGCUGCUGGCUUCGACGUGCAAAGAGCUUCCCGGUCCUAAGGAGAGUCGGCGAACCGCCAAGGAGCUGUGGGACGUGGUGGUUCAGAUCUGCAGCGUCUCCAUCCAGCACAAGAGGAACAGCGACGGCCGAGUGGGUUUGAUCAAACACAGGGAGUCGUCCAUGGGCAUCCUGCACCGGAGCAAAUUCAUCACAUUCGUCAAGAAACUCAGAGAGCCGCUGGUGCUGACGACGCUCAUCUCCCUGUUUGUGAGGCUCCACAGCAUCGUUAGGGACGACAUUGUGAACGAAGUGACGGCUGAGCAUCUCUCCAUCUGGCCGUCGACUCUCCCCAACAUCCAGGCGGUGGACGUGGAGGCCGUGGCCGUGACGGUCAAAGAGCUGGUUUCUUACGCUUUAACUCUGAACCCCAACAACCAGUCGUGGCUCAUCACACAGGCAGACAUCUACUUUGUGACCAAUCAGUACUCGGCAGCUCUGAACCUUUACCUCCAGGCCGGAGCCGUGUGUUCGGACUUCUUCACCAAAGCCGUGCCUCCUGACGUCUACACUGACCAGGUUCUGAAGAGGAUGAUCAAGUGCUGUUCAAUGAUGAACUGCCACACACAGGUUGCUGUUCUGUGCCAGUUUCUGAGAGAAGUCGACUACAUGACGGCUUUCAAAGCUCUUCAGGAGCAGAACAGUCAUGACGCCAUGGACUCAUUCUACGACUACAUCUGGGACGUCACCAUCCUGGAGUAUCUCACACAUAUUCACCACAAACGGGGCGAAACUGAGAAGAGACAAAUAGCGAUCAAAGCAAUCGGCCAGACGGAGCUGAACACCAGCAACCCAGAGGAGGUUCUGCAGCUCGCGGCCCAGAAGAGGAAGAAGAGGUUCCUGCAGGCGAUGGCCAAACUGUACUUCUAGUAAAACACAGAGCAGUGUUUGAGGGGAGGGAAUGUACAUUUUUUAUUUUGCGGUUGAAAGUAAACUAAAUAAAUACAGCUGUUCAUUUGUUCACUUGAA